AGUCCAAUUGUUUUUGCUGUUGGGGUCGCACUAUGGUAGUAGCUACUCCCGGAGAUUUGGUUGUUAAAGCUGAUCGUUAAACGCUGUAAUGGUCUUCAACAUUACACGCGCGGCUGUUUAGCAAAGUUUAAAUGAACGACAUAUCUGUCCGGUGUUUGGUUUGAGUGGAAAGUGUCAGAAAUGUGCUGCUCUGAUAACUCCAAUCUUCUCGCCUGGAAGCUGAUUGGCUAAAUUAAAUGUCGGCUCAGCGUCUGACAAGAAAAACUCUUUGAAGACAGAGUGCCUUCUAGAUCCUCCUUCAGCCUCCCUGAUUGAGCAGCAGUAUAUAUACAGGUGCAGCUCAGAUAUGACGAAGAGAAGCCCAUCUCUUCAGUUGGUUAAAAGGAUGCUGAACCAUCACUGCAGAAGGAACCCUGAGCUUCAUGAGGAGCUGCAGAUCCAGGCAGCAGUGGCAGCAGGGGAUGUCUGCACAGUCAGGAGAAUGCUAGAACAAGGAUACUCACCUAAGAUCCGCGAUGCCAAUGGCUGGACACUGCUCCACUUCUCUGCUGCCAAAGGGAAAGAGAGAUGUGUUCGAGUCUUUCUUGAACAUGGAGCCGACCCUACAGUGAAGGACUUUAUUGGUGGUUUCACAGCACUUCACUAUGCUGCUAUGCAUGGCAGAGCACGCAUUGCCCGACUGAUGCUGGAGUCGGAGUUUCGUAGUGACAUUAUAAAUGCCAAAAGCAAUGAUGGCUGGACACCGCUUCAUGUGGCCGCCCACUACGGCCGAGACUCGUUUGUACGCCUCCUCCUUGAGUUCAGGGCCGAGGUGGACCCGUUGAGCGACAAAGGGACCACGCCAUUACAGCUGGCCAUCAUCCGUGAGCGCUCCAGCUGCGUGCGGAUCCUCCUGGACCACAGUGCCAACAUUGACAUUCAAAAUGGCUUCCUGCUGCGAUACGCCGUCAUCAAAGGCAAUCACUCAUACUGCCGAAUGUUCCUGCAGAGGGGAGCAGACACUAAUCUUGGACGUCUUGAAGAUGGCCAGACUCCUCUGCAUCUGUCAGCCCUUAGGGAUGACGUGCUAUGUGCCCAGAUGCUCUACACAUACGGGGCUGAUACCAACACCAGGAACUACGAGGGCCAGACACCAGUAGCUGUUUCUGUUAGCAUGUCUGGGAUCAGCCGGCCUUGUCUGGAUUUCUUGCAGGAGGUCACUAGACAACCUCGGACUCUACAAGACUUGUGUCGAAUAAAAAUUCGUCACUGUAUUGGCCUUCAAAGCUUGAAAUUCUUGGAGGAUCUACCAAUUGCAAAGGUUAUGAAAGACUAUUUAAAACACAAGUUUGACAGUGUGUGAAACGAUGACAAUAGAAGAGGGUGACUACAAACACCCCAUCAGACUAUGCAAUCAAUAUGCUCUGAGUCCACAGGUCUGUGGUCAGGCCAGUCUGUUUGUCCAGUCCAACAUGUUAAGACUUUUUUUUUUUUUUUUUUACUUUUUUUUGUGGUUAAUUUUCCCCUUCAGAAAAGUUGCAAGAAUUUCAAGAAUGGAAAUGGAUAGACCUCAUAUGAGUAAAGGUUUGGGUGGAUAAAAGAAAUCUCAUUUGAGUGCAGAAUUUACCAUUUAUUUUCUUACUGUAAAUGUGCAUGUGAUGUAAUCCUUGCUGUGGGAGAUUGCCAUCAAGUGCACACUUUUUAAAUGGGUGCAUCGGACAUAACUUAUUUAUUUAUUUUAAUCAGCUAACAGAUGUGUAAACACAAAGUAGUUCCCUGAUGGUGAUUUUCUUUCUGAUUCCAAAUCAACAAGGUUUUACAUCAUCACAGAAGUGUCCCUGGUUUUGUUUUACUAGGCAGUAUAUACGUGUAAAUGCCAUAAUAACCUGCUGUCAUUCUUCUCCUAAAUUACUACCAACAUCUCCCGUUUGUUUAAAAGCUAAAUUGGCAAGUAUCAGUUUUUCAGGUCAGAUAUGUCCAAAACAGUUAAUCAGUCAAGGCUUUAUAGGUCUCUUGAAUUAGGCUGUAGUAAUUUUCAGUAACACUGUUUCAGUGUGCCAUUCUUCUUUGAACAGAAAGCAGAAACAAACCCACAUGGAAUGUGGAAAAGAAAGGCCUGCAUGAUUCACAGCAGACGUCUGAGCCAAGACUACGGUAACCAUAAAACUCGUUCCCUAGAAAAUAAUAACCAGCUCAUCUAACCAUUACUCCCCUCACCCUGAAUGUCACAGUCAGCUCAUCUGGUUUAAGUUUGGAUGAGCUCUAAUAUUAGCUGGUUACAGUGACAUUUAACAUCCUCUCAACAAUAAGACGAGGGGAGCUGGAAGGGCUGGGUUGCUUCAAAACCAGGGAGUGAGUCUUGGAAUUACUCCAAAAUACCUUAACUUAUUUUUUCUGUUAAGAAUAAAUACAAUUGACAUUUUUAUUAUUAUAAUUUUUUUUUUUAAAAUACCGCAAGCAAGAAUAUAGCAUGCAGGUCCAACUAUUUUGCAACUUUUCGAAGUCUGUAGAAAUGUGAUGCUAUAAUUUGAAAUAUAAGUCAAAUUGUUCUUUUCCAUGCAGUGUGUAGUAUGUUUGAUUUUUGAGUGAGAGCAUUGUGAAUAUUGUUCUGAAAGACCACAUUUACUGGCAAAUGCAGUUGUAGAGGGAAUAACAAAUAAAGUCUGUUUUGGGUAACACUGGUGCACAGUCUCUAGAAGCUACAGUCAAUGUAAAUAACUACGACAGAUAUUUUUGUAGAGUUUAUUUAAGCAAUGUUUCUGGUAUUCUUAAUGUAUUUAAAGUUUGGAAAGUAUUGUGAUCUUUUUGGUGUGACGAUUUCUUUGUGUGUGUUUGUCAGAGUUCAAAUCCUGGUACAGUAAUAAUCUGAAAUCAAGUUUCUGUUUGAUUGUUAUGGCAGGAAUGUUGGGUGCUUUCUUAAUAUUCAGCCUCCGUCGCAGGUGACUGUCGCGGGGGUUAUACUGUGAAGUUUUUCACUUUGACACUUCAAAAAUAAAUUGUAGGAAUUGGUGUCUAAAUAAUGCCACAGAAUUAUUAUCAUUAUUAUUAUUUUGUGUAUGUUUUUAAAAUGCAUAGUGAAAUGAUGUGGUUCCCAAAUUUGUUUGUCCUCACAUGUUUCAUUUACAGAUCCAUUCUGACAAUGUUCACUUGUAUUAACAUGUCAGUGUCAUUUUCAUAUUUAAAUUUGCAUGUUCGACUGAGCUUUGUAUUAGGACAUCAUAGGAAAAGUGCACAUUUUGGAAUUCAAACUCUAUGCUGCCUGCUCCAUGCAGGUUAACAGAAACAGAAAUGCAUUUCCCAUGUUACAAAAAUGUUCAAUGCGACUGAAAAUUUAAACUGAUUAUAGAGAUCAUGGCAUAUGCAUGGGACAUUGUUUUUUUUUUUUUUAUGAAUAACUUAGAUGACAACCAUGAAGAUAUACUCCAGUGUCCCAUUUUAUGGGCUGCUACUGUGAAACGCUGCCUUUCAGGACCCAAUAAGUGCUUUUCCUUCCUCGCUGAUUUUUCUUUAUAUCCAUGUUUGCUGAAAGAUGUUCUUAUUGUUUGCCUUCGCAUGGUUUGUACAUUUACAGUGGAAUCAGGACAUACAGCAAAACCUCUUGGCAUUUCACAAACUUUAUUAUAAAUUAUCAUUAAAAAUAAUGAUUUUGCCCAUCAGUCUACACUCAUGACCAGAAACAAAAUGUUUUUAUCAAAAAAUCAGAAAGUGAAAUCCCUUUUCUCCAAAGAUAUUCAGCCCUGUUGAUGACCACAGUUAAGUGUGCACCUUCUGACAUCUACCUAGAACUGACUAAGUCCACCUUUGGCCUAUGGAGUUAACUGGACUGGAGUUAAAGGGACUGAUAUAUGAUCUCAUAACAAGUACUGAAAAAAAAGACAAAGAAGUCCAUGAAGUGUAGUAAAGUUGCAGGUGACCAAGGAAUCAACCUAAGAGAGUUGAGACAAUGUGUUGGAAGGAUGACCAACUCAGCAGUGCCCCAUUACUCAGGUCUGAAGUAGCUAAAUGAAACCCACCUGAGAGGAAAAGGCAGAGGAAGAAGCGUCAUGAUGUGUGGUCAGUUCUCAGCUACAGGGAUAGGGAGACGGGUCAGAAGUGACUGGCUAUAAGAAUGCUAUAUACUGCCCAAAUCCAAAGACUGCCAAUCCUGUAGAGUCUAAACCCAAGAAGACAAAAAAAAAAUGCU